AUGGCGGCACAACUGGAAGGUCUACAAUCGUUAUGUGCACAUAUUACUGGUAGCGCAGAUAACUAUACACGAAUAGUUCUACUACGCCUGAGACUUGAUGUUGAGUAUAUGGGUACAUAUUCAUGCACUGUUGUUAGGUGUCUGCCACUAGGUAAGAAUUUGUCAUUAGACAAGUGA